AAACAACCCUUCUAAGGAACAGCCAAGAAAUAUACAAUACAUAUCUUUUUGACACUUUUUUCUCUUCAUCUAUUACCCUUCUUCCUUCUCUACAUUUUCUCUUUCUCAACUCCAUGGCUUAGAGCUCUGUUAAAAACCCAUUGUGCCUUUGCUUAUCUCUCCUUUUAACUGAUCUGGGUUUUCUUUAUUUCUCAUUCAGAUCAUAGAUUUCCAAGAAAAAAAAAACUUCUUUCUUUCUUUCUUUCUUUCUUUGCUUCACUCAACCUUUGAAAGAAAUAAAAAAUCCAGCUUUUCUUUUUUCUGUUAUAGUAACUUCUUGGAUUGGCCAACGAGAUUCUGAAAAAUGGGAUUUUGUUUCAAAGAUGCAGAAUAUUGAUAAACCUUCUUUAGUUGUUUGAAGUUGUUGUUUUAUGAUGAGAAGAGGAAGAGGAAAAGCAAAGAAGCAGAAUGUUGUUUCGUCUCUCGAAGAUCCGGGUAGUGGUGAAGAUGAAAAAAUACCGGCAUAUAAGAGAAGAGGAAGGCCACAAAAGCAGAUGAAGGAUGAUAUCGAUGAAGAUGAAGCAGAGAAGGUUGAAGAAGAUGGUGAAGAUAUAAAAGUUUCAGUUCUUACCAAAGAGAUAAAAAACCAGGCUGUCACAGAGAACGGACGGAAGAGGAAAAGAUCAAUGCAAGCAAAAGAAAACAUAGAUUCAAUCAAGAAAGGAAAUGGCAUUACGACAAAGUCAAGCACCGAUGAGGCAACUAAAUCGGUUGGGUACCGACAAAACGGUAGCAGACGCAAAAACAAGCCUCGACGGGCUGCUGAAGCUGUUGUCGAGUGCAAGUAAUGGUUGUGAGGUCAUGUAUGGAUUGAGAUGUUUCUUGUUGUUAUAUGGUAUUUGUUUUUUGGGGUUCCAAGUAUUCCAUUUUGAUAAGUUUGCAGUACAUGCUUGUAAUAUUCCAUGGUGUCAUCACAAAUUUUAAAAAGAAAACUAGUGAUUUUUUUUUUCUCUGAGAAAAUCUUGUUAUUCAGAUGAGAAAUUUGUCUCUCUGCAACAUCUGUAAGGAACCUUGUUUUUAUAUCUAUCUUGUUAAUUUUCUUAA